AUGGCGCUGCCCGAAGAGGACCCGGUGAUCGAGGGCGUGCAGCCGUCCUACUCCGUAGGGGAGUACAUCUCCGCCAACUGCACCUCGCGCCGCUCCUACCCGCCGGCCGAGCUCGCCUGGUACAUCAACGGCAUUAAGGUGGAGAAGUGGUUCGCCGAGUACCAGCGCGAGGCACUGCGGCCGGACCCGGAGGGCCUGCACAGCCGCUCGCUGACGCUGCGCUACCAGGUGCAGAGGCGGCACGAGGAGGCGGCGGGGAGGCGGCUGGAGCUGCGCUGUGCCGCCACCGUGGCGGGGGUGACACGGAGCAGCGUGGCGCGGCCGUCCCUGGGCCCCGCCCCCGACCAACAGCUGUCGCAGGGCCACCUCGUCAACACAGUCGCAGACGACUUCAAGUCCGCCAGAACUGUUUGCAUCGUGAUGACAUCAGCUCUCCUGAUGUCGACGUCCUGA